GGUCUCAAGCUGUUAGGUUUCAUUUUCCUCCUCCUAACGAUUUUAAAGUAGUUUCACUUUCCAGUUUCCUUUUCCUUCCCCUAAAAGCAGUUACUCAAAACAUCAGCUGAUGCGUGCCCUAUUCUCCCACCCCUUUAUGUAGUUCCUUCAGUGUUUACUUGAGGCAGACAGGAAGACUUCUGAAGAACAAAUCAGCCUGGUUACCAGCUUUUUGGAACAGCAGAGACGCAGAGAGCAGUCAUGAGUGAGGUCACCAAGAAUUCCCUGGAGCAAAUCCUCCCACAACUGAAAUGCCAUUUCACCUGGAACUUAUUCAAGGAAGAAAGUGUCUCAAGGGAUCUGGAAGACAGAGUGUGUAACCAGAUUGAAUUUUUAAAUACUGAGUUCAAAGCUACAAUGUACAACUUGUUGGCCUACAUAAAACACCUAGAUGGUAAAAACGAGGCAGCCCUGGAAUGCUUACGGCAAGCUGAAGAGUUAAUCCAGCAAGAACAUGCUGACCAAGCAGAAAUCAGAAGUCUAGUCACUUGGGGAAAUUACGCCUGGGUCUACUAUCACUUGGGCAGACUCUCAGAUGCUCAGAUUUAUGUAGACAAGGUAAAACAAACCUGCAAGAAAUUUUCAAAUCCAUACAGUAUUGAGUAUCCUGAACUUGACUGUGAGGAAGGGUGGACACAACUGAAGUGUGGAAGAAACGAAAGGGCGAAGGUGUGUUUUGAGAAGGCUCUGGAAGAAAAACCUAACAACCCAGAAUUCUCCUCUGGACUGGCAAUUGCGAUGUACCAUCUGGAUAAUAACCCAGAGAAACAGUUCUCUACUGAUGUUUUGAAACAGGCCAUUGAGCUGAGUCCUGAUAACCAGUAUGUCAAGGUUCUCUUGGGCCUCAAACUGCAGAAGAUGAAUAAAGAAGCUGAAGGAGAGCAGUUGGUUGAAGAAGCCUUGGAAAAGGCUCCUUGCCAAACAGAUGUCCUCCGCAGUGCAGCCAAAUUUUACAGAAGAAAAGGUGACCUAGACAAAGCUAUUGAACUCUUCCAACGGGCAUUGGAAUCCACACCAAACAAUGGCUACCUCUAUCACCAGAUUGGGUGCUGCUACAAGGCAAAAGUAAGACAAAUGCAGAAUACAGGAGAAUCUGAAGCUAGUGGAAAUAAAGAGAAGAUUGAAGCACUAAAGCAAUAUGCUAUGGACUAUUCGAAUAAAGCUCUUGAGAAGGGACUGAAUCCUCUGGAUGCGUACUCCGAUCUUGCUGAGUUCCUGGAGGCAGAAUGUUAUCAGACACCAUUCAAUAAGGAGGACCCUGAUGCUGAGAAGCGACAAUCCCAUCAGCACUAUUGCAACCUUCAGAAAUAUAACGGGAAGUCUGAAGACACUGCUGUCCAACGUGGUUUAGAGGGUUUGUCCAUAAGCAAAAAACCAACUGAGAAGGAAGAGAUCAAAGACCAACCACAGAAUGUAUCUGAAAAUCUGCUUCCACAAAAUGCACCGAAUUAUUGGUAUCGUCAAGGAUUAAUUCAUAAGCAGAAUGGAGAUCUGCUGCAAGCAGCCAAAUGUUAUGAGAAGGAACUGGGCCGCCUGCUAAGGAAUUCCCCUUCAGGCAUAGGCAGUUUUUUCCUGUCAGCAUCUGAGCUUGAGGAUGGCAGUGAGGAAGUGGGCCAGGACGCAGUCAGCUCCAAUCCCAGAGAGCUCGUCUCUAACUCAGAGUAACUGAAUUGAGACAGAGGAGGAAGACAGAGCAUCAGAAGCCUGCAAUAGUGGUUGUGAAGGGUAGGAAGAUAGGAAGAUAGGAAGACAGGGGGCCCCAGCUUGGGGUUGCUGAGCAGGGAAGUUUUGCAUGUUGCUUUAAGGUACAUUUUUAAAGAAUUGUUUCGCAUGUUCAUUAUAGUUCAUUAAAGUUACGUAGUCAGAGGUCUUACAACUAAUCACUGGUAGCAAUAAAUGCUUCAGGCCCACAUGUUGCUGAUUAGUUCUGAGUUUUCAUUCAGUUCACCAUAUAACCCUCAUUCCAGCCCUUCCUGCCAAGGGUCAUAAUUGGUGACUGCCUAACAACAAAAUUUGCAGUCUCACCUCAUUUUCAUCCAGCCUUCUGGACCUCAAAGAUUAACUUUUGACUAACCCUGGAGUAUCUCUUGUCUCACUUAUGGCUUCAGCCUUGCAUUUAUGUGUAUUCUUGAUAGCAAUACUGUAAUCAGUGUGUAUUCUUGAUAGUAAUGCUACAAUAAAUCCAUACAUUUCAACUCUGUUAGAAUAAAA